CCCCUUGGUUUUGCUCAUAACAGUCAAAGUAACAGAAAAGUUUCAGUCACUCGCGCCCAAGUUAAUUGUCACAAAGACCGUGUUGACAGUGCUAAGGCUGAGCUAAUCCCACCAGCAGCAGCAGCAGCAACAACACAGAACAGGCUGGCAGAGAGCAGCACAAUAGAAAGACAGAGAAGGCCUUGUUGACACGCAAAGGACUGAGGGAGUGAUUAUCAAUCAAGCUGAUGGCACAUCCACAGAGAGCCGAUCCGGCUAGCGUGAAGUCCUGAUGCACAAGAGCUGAGAGACGACUCACGUCACUGAAGCACCACCCACACACCGGAAGGAGAGAAUCUGCAGCGUGAGCGGAAGAAGCAAGCCAGCCGGAAAGACCCGAAGGAGACAACUGCUCCCGUCCGCCGCUCCGGAAAGUGCCGAGAAAACCGGAAGAAGCGAGAAGUGCCGGAAGAUCCGAACAGCGGGUCAUCUUCCCUUGCCAGGCAGGUAAUGCGGGACGGUGUUGGGAGGUGACAUGUUGCUAGCUCUCCUAGAAAGUUGAAGAAGCAGCGCUGCCAUCAUGAAUUUAAGAUGUGCUGAGCACCGGAACCCUACACAGCGCAAAUGUGGCAAAUCAUUUUGUUACUGCAACUUCAGCAACCACUUUGCAGAGCUGCAAAGUAACAAAGAAAUCUACAUGUUCCAUAUCUGAAAGCCAAAAUCAUAAUUCUGAACUAAAGCAGAUGCUGUACUUACAGUUCCAACAUCAGCUACCAGGAGACUGACCAUAAACUCAUGAAUAUCCACCAAGCAAACCCAUCUUCUAGACAUGGUGUCCAUUCCAUCAAAGAUGCCCCUGAGGUAGAAUUAGUCAAUAUGCUUGAAGAUCAGCUGCCUCAGUAUAAGUUACAAGUGGACUCCUUGUAUAUUUAUGACGACCAAGACCUCAUCCAGUCACAAGCACACCAAAGCAAUGUGCUCUGCAACCUUUCUCCUGUCCUUGCCGAAGAUCCCUUCAGAUACACGAAUUUUACGGAACAUUCCUCCAACCUGUUGGAUGAGGCUUUUCAGGCCAGCCAGUGUUCCCAAGUUUCGGGAUCAGAGAGAGUGGAACAGUUGAGCAGAAGCUAUGACAGUGAUAUGCUCAGCCAUCUGCUGACAGAGCGUGAUAGGGACCUAGAGCUUGCCGCUCGCAUUGGUCAGGCCCUUCUGAAAAGGAACCACAACUUGUCUGAGCAGAAUGAAUCUUUGGAAGAGCAGCUGACGCAAGCACUUGAUCAUGUCAACCAACUCCAGCAUGAAUUGUCCAAGAAAGAAGAUCUCCUUAGAGUUGUGUCCAUUGCCUCAGAGGAGAGUGAGACCGACUCCAGUUGCUCUACCCCUUUGCGUUCCAAUGAUUCUUUUACUAUUUCGCAUAGCCUGAUGCAGCUGGAAAAUUUGAAUGGGAAACUCAGAGAACUAGAAGAAGAGAACUUUUCUUUGCGCUCAAAGGCUAGCCACCUAAAAACAGAAACAAUAACAUAUGAGGAAAAAGAACAACAAUUGGUUAUUGACUGUGUGAAGGAAAUACGGGAAUCCAGUGUUCACAUUAGCAAGCUGACAGAGGAGCUAGCAAGUAAGUCGGAGGAGAAUGUUCGAUACCAAGAGGAAAUAUCAACAGUGCUCUCUCAAGUUGUUGAUCUUCAGCAUAAGCUAAGAGAGAGUGCAAUUGAGAAGGAAGAGUUAAGAAUCCACUUGCAGGCUUCUAAGGAGGCCCAGAGGCAACUUACUGCUGAGCUCCAUGAGUUACAGGACAGAAAUGCAGAAAUCCAGGGGAUGCUACAGGAAAACCAAGAGGAGUUAAAAAUGAUGAGAUGCAAAGCCAGCCCCUCUGCUCUUCUCAGGCGCCCCCAGUCCUGUAGUAUUUUUCCAGUGGACUCACUGGCAGCUGAGAUUGAGGGCACAAUGCGAAAAGAAUACAGUAUGGAUGAAGAAUCUUCCUAUGGAGUACGAAAGAGUCAGCCAAAGCGUGUCUUCGAUACCGUAAAGGUUGCAAAUGAAGUACGUGGCAGAUCUUCGUCAUAUCCACUUCCUUUGCCAAUACCUGGUUCAAACCAUUCCGGUGUGGUGAUGACGGCUGUGCCUUUUGGUUCUAAUAUGACAGAAGAGAAGAAGAAAAGCAAAGCUAUUUUAUUUCAGGAAGAUGCAGAAGAAAAUAAACUUGCUAAGAACCCUCCAAAGCCAGAGGUGUUGGGAAACAGCUUGGAAGUUGCCCUACACAGACUUCACCUCAGGAGACAAAACUAUAUUAGUGAGAAGCAGUUCUUCAGGGAUGAAUGUGAAAGGAAGUUAAAGCUUUUGGAGGAUGAAGAGGAUAACAGUGGGUGUAGCACUCCAACUAAUAGUGUUCUGUCAGUGGAAACACACCACUCAGAUGUUACAGAUGGUUCUGCUUCGUCCAGUUCCUUGCGCAGCCUCCUUCCAGAAAAACUUCAGAUUGUCAAACCUCUAGAGGGCUCCCAAACUCUCUUCCACUGGCAACAGCUGGCUCAGCCAAAUCUUGGUACAAUUUUGGAUCCCCGACCCGGAGUCAUGACCAAAGACUUCAAACCACUUCCAGAGGAUGCUGAGUACCACCUCUGCGACUUAGAGGAAGAUGAGAAGGAUGAUGAGGAGGAGGAGGGAGGCAUAAUAUUUCAAGUGCAAAAAAGGGAAGAAGAUGUGCCAAACAACACUUUAAGUAUUUUCUUGCCACCCGUUGCUGCCUCGCCCUCUUCAUCAUCAGCAAUAAACCCUGGCAAGUUGCAGGGCUGCACAAAUUCAACAUUCACCUUUACCACCUGCCGGAUAAUGCAUCCUUCUGACAUCACUCAGGUUACCCCCAGCUCCAUGUACACGCCAUUGUCUUUUGGAGGCAGCAGUACAUGUACAACAAGCACAUUUGUUGGCUCUCACACUACUACUUGUCGGUUGAGUGUUGGCGAGGCAAUAAACAAAAGAUGCGACAGCACAAGUACUUUCAGCAGUACCAGUAACUUAACCAGACUCUUGCAAGAACAAGGAAUAUCAGCAAAGCUGGACAAGCCCCUUGAUGGAGAGAAGCCACAACCUUUACGCCCAAACAAUUUGGCUCUUCCUUCCACCCCACCCAAUUCCCCUUCCAAUUCCCCCUCCCCUUUGACAUCUGAGGCACAGGAAAAUCCAUCUGAAAGCUUUCUAGCGGUUUCCAGACCAGCUGAGAGUUUCCUGCAGGAAAUGUAUGGCUUUAAAUUAAGCAAGAAGCAGCCUGAUGUGGGGCAGCAGAAGAUGAAUUUGGUGGAUCGACUUAAGAGAUUGGGUAUUGCAAGAGUGGUUAACCAGGCAGCAACAGGUGACACAGAGCCAAACUCAGCACUUUGCAAUGGUUUACGACGCCACGAGUCUGCUGUUUUUAUUGGAACAAGUAGUAGUUUGUUAAGUGGACUAAGAAGGAAUCAGAGUCUUCCGACUCUUAUAGGUGGUCUCGUACCGCCCGUUUGCACAUCCUCUCCGAAAAUGGAUAGCUUAAAAGAAGACUGAAAAAGUACACUUUAGGCUCAAUAUGCGUAAUCAAGAAGGAACUCAGAAUGCAAUGCAAAACUAGGUUUGAGAGGUCUCUGAAUGUAGAAUGAAAGAAGGAAUUAUAGGUGAGCUAGAAAAGAUAAGGUGAACAGUAAGUGAAAAGGUUAGUCAAUAGACUAAAUGUUUAUGAUCAGAAGGACCAAUGCAAGUGAUGCUUGAAGGAUUAAGAAUAGUCCAUUUAAAAUGUAUUUGAAAGUCAUUGAAGAGCCAGAGUAAAAUUAAAGCUUAAAAAACUGUAGAUGUGAACCUCUCUUUUACCAGUGUGCUUGUCCAAUGGAAACCCUUUUCAGAUUCUUGUAACUAUUGUGAGUUAGUACAGUGACAGUAGGCUGUAUUUGUAAAAGCUUUUUAUCAGCUGCUGCAUAUUUCUGUGCCAUUUUAAUUGUGCAGGUAGAAAUAUUUUACUUCCCUUUCCAACGAAGCUUAUUAUAUGAGGAUCUGCAGAACUACGGACAAAGGAAAAUCUUGAACAUAUGAGAUGAAUCUGUUACAUAAAGUGUUAAAGAUCAAAAAAGCAUCAAAAAGGCGGAUUGCUUUUUUCUAUAAAAUACCACUACUGGCUGAACAGCAGUUAUUUUUUGUUUUGCAGUUUAAUCAAACGUCCCAGCAGAUAAUGGGAGAGGGUUGAACGCCUAUGAUGGGUAAGCGGCAUAAAUCUAGAAAGCUCUAGGAAACAGCCAUGCUGGAUUUAUUUCCUCCUUUUCUGAUUGUUAAGGCAUAGAAAAAGGGAUAUAUAACUUGCCAUUGGGCUGGACGUCGAAAAACUGAUAAAACAGAUAACGGUUGCACGUUUCUGCUAGUAAAGGAAAUUUUAAUUCACUCUCCUAAAAUGGAGACAAAGCACAAAAUGAGUUUUGUUUGAAAACGAAAUUGAUAUUGGUUCAGGCAAUGAAGAGACCAUUCAGUGUCUUCCCCAGACUGAAUCUUAGUGGAGAUGAAGGAUCUUUCAUUUUUGUUUCCCCCCAUAGUCCCUAAUAUUUAUAUUUCCAUGAGCUAUUGUCUGUAAAAACAAUUUAUACCGUUGAUAAUGCGAUUGCAACAGUCCCGGGCAUGUUAUCAAAAUUAUUUGUAUAUGUUAGUGUAAAUACUAAUCAGCCAGUUAACAUUCUGUAGUGCAGUGUUUAUAAUCUAGUAAUGUUAAGCUUUUGAACCUGUUCCCUAGCAGACACAUCGUGAAUUAUUGCAAUAUUGUUUGUGGGCUAACACAGCUACUAUAGGAUUACAAAGUAGGGCAAGAAAGCUCUAAACCUUACUGCAUGCAAUAUAUAUUUACUUUCUGGCUUUGCUUUAGAUUCUAGCUCUAAUGUAUUUAUCUUGCUACAUGUUAUCAAUAGGCAAAAGGUUAGAAAAGGAAAGUCAGGCAAAACUAAAAUAUUUACUGCCCGGUAAAGCUUAUCUUUGCAGGCCUGCUUGCUGUACAGUAAUAAAAUGUUUAUUCAAGUGCCGAAACUAAGGCAGUGAUAUCUGUCCUGUGCCCCCCCCCCCAUGUGUUGUUAAACUACAGCUUCCAGUCUCACGAUAUCUUAAUGCUAUAAGAACAUGCAGGGUGUUGGAAUUCUGCUCGAGCUGAAGGAAAGCAAGUUUUGACAACCCUGAAAUAAUGCGUAAGGCAUUAUUUUGCACUAAAGAGCCAAAAAGGGACACUCUUCACAGAGAUUUGGUUUUUCAGGGAAAAUGAAAGAACGACUUUCUGAAUGUACAAGAGAAAAUGAAGUAGAGGAGAUAGCUAUACCAUUAUACUGUUAAUGUAUCAAUGAGAUGUAGUAAGGAAAAACCAAUCUAUUUAUUUACCUACCUCUGUGUUGGUUUCUUCCCCCAUAAACUUUUAGCAGACCUACAUAGCCUUCAGCUUCUCAUCUAUAUUUACUGUUUGUAGCACAUAGUAUAAUUCUAAUCUGUUGUCCUUAUGCAGUAUUACAAAAAAGUCACAUUGAAUUAUAUAUUGGACCCAAACUACAAAUCCAUUCACUUACAGAACAUCAGGUCUAUAAUUGUGACUGGCUUCUGUCUCUAGGAAUCUUUCCUGUUUUUCUUGGUGUAGGGACAUUCCUGAUACAAUUAGACUUAUUAGACUUUUUGGUGCCCAUAUUUGUGGUUUUGUAAUAGGCAUAAACAAAAUAUGAAUCUCCAAAAGAGAUAUUUUACUUGUGUUCCAUAUUGUUUCUGUAAGGUAUUUUACUGCUCUGCAAUGUAUAGUUGUUAAAAUGCAUUGUUGCCUAGAAUAUUCCACAUACCUUGUUUUUAUGUAAGCUACCAAUAAAGAUUUCUGACCUUUGUACUUUUAA